UGGCGCCCAUCGCGGCUCGUAUUGGGCCGUACCAACUUUAUACAAGGCGGACAAGAAAUGCGCAUCUGCCGUUCGCCCUUCCACGAGUCGUCAGUGUUAGAAAUCAUUCCAGUCGGCGUGGUAUUUUCAGGAGGUGGCAGGGACAGUCAGCGUUACAGUCUCUCGUGUUUUCCCCUUUUUGCCUCCCCUCUUUUCCUGUGCCAAGUAGUACGUUCCACGACGAGUGGAUGAGGGACGCUUUACCGCCAUUUUGUGUGUGAUUGUUAGUGUGGCGGGCAGUACACAGUGAAGAGAGGGGUGGUCGCUACUGCCGCCGCCAUCACCACCACCACUACUUCUACCAACAUGUAUAUCAAGCAGGUGAUCAUCCAGGGGUUUCGAAGCUACCGAGAUCAGACUAUAGUAGAUCCCUUCAGUUCAAAGCAUAAUGUCAUUGUGGGUAGAAAUGGUUCUGGAAAAAGCAACUUUUUCUAUGCAAUUCAGUUUGUUCUCAGUGAUGAAUUCAGUCACCUUCGUCCUGAGCAGAGGCUUGCUUUGUUACAUGAAGGAACAGGUCCUCGUGUUAUUUCUGCUUUUGUGGAAAUCAUCUUUGACAAUUCAGACAACCGGUUACCAAUUGAUAAGGAAGAAGUAUCUCUUCGCAGAGUCAUCGGAGCUAAAAAGGACCAGUAUUUCCUAGACAAGAAAAUGGUUACAAAAAACGAUGUGAUGAACCUUCUUGAAAGUGCUGGAUUUUCUCGCAGCAAUCCCUACUAUAUUGUUAAGCAAGGAAAGAUCAAUCAGAUGGCCACAGCUCCUGAUUCUCAGAGAUUGAAACUUCUAAGGGAGGUUGCUGGCACUAGAGUAUAUGAUGAACGUAAAGAAGAGAGUAUCUCUUUAAUGAAGGAAACAGAGGGGAAAAGAGAGAAAAUCAAUGAGCUGUUAAAGUAUAUUGAGGAACGAUUACAUACUCUGGAAGAGGAGAAAGAAGAGCUAGCUCAAUAUCAGAAGUGGGAUAAAAUGAGAAGAGCGUUGGAAUACACCAUUUAUAAUCAGGAACUUAAUGAAACCCGGGCUAAACUUGAUGAGCUUUCUGCCAAACGAGAAACAAGUGGAGAAAAAUCAAGGCAGUUAAGAGAUGCACAACAGGAUGCUCGUGAUAAAAUGGAAGAAAUUGAGCGCCAAGUCCGAGAACUAAAAACUAAGAUCUCAGCUAUGAAAGAAGAGAAGGAGCAGCUCAGUUCUGAAAGGCAGGAACAGAUUAAGCAGAGGACCAAAUUAGAACUCAAGGCAAAAGAUUUGCAAGAUGAGCUAGCUGGCAAUAGUGAACAACGGAAACGACUGCUAAAAGAGAGGCAGAAACUUCUAGAAAAGAUAGAAGAAAAACAGAAGGAAUUGGCUGAAACAGAACCCAAGUUCAACAGUGUCAAAGAAAAAGAAGAACGAGGAAUUGCCAGACUGGCACAAGCAACUCAGGAAAGAACAGAUCUUUAUGCAAAGCAAGGUCGAGGAAGUCAGUUUACUUCUAAAGAAGAGAGAGAUAAAUGGAUUAAAAAAGAGCUCAAGUCCCUAGAUCAAGCAAUCAAUGACAAGAAGCGGCAAAUUGCUGCUAUACAUAAGGACUUAGAAGAUACAGAAGCUAACAAAGAGAAGAAUCUAGAGCAAUACAGUAAAUUGGAUCAGGAUCUUAAUGAAGUAAAAGCUCGUGUUGAAGAAUUGGACAGAAAAUACUACGAAGUAAAAAACAAAAAGGAUGAACUACAGAGUGAGAGAAAUUACUUAUGGAGAGAAGAGAAUGCAGAACAGCAAGCUCUUGCUGCAAAACGAGAAGACUUGGAAAAGAAACAGCAGCUGCUUAGAGCAGCAACUGGGAAGGCAAUUCUAAAUGGAAUUGACAGCAUAAACAAAGUAUUGGAACAUUUUCGGCGCAAAGGCAUUAACCAGCAUGUUCUAAAUGGCUAUCAUGGAAUAGUAAUGAAUAACUUUGAGUGUGAGCCUGCUUUUUACACUUGUGUUGAAGUUACUGCAGGAAACAGGUUAUUCUAUCAUAUUGUAGAUUCUGACGAAGUUAGUACAAAGAUCUUAAUGGAGUUCAAUAAAAUGAAUCUACCUGGAGAAGUAACUUUUCUGCCACUGAACAAACUGGAUGUUAGAGAUACUGCCUACCCUGAAACCAAUGAUGCUAUUCCUAUGAUCAGUAAACUAAGAUACAAUCCAAGAUUUGAUAAAGCCUUCAAACAUGUUUUUGGAAAAACUCUAAUUUGUCGUAGUAUGGAAGUGUCUACACAGCUGGCCAGAGCUUUUACUAUGGAUUGCAUUACAUUGGAAGGUGAUCAAGUCAGCCACCGUGGGGCUUUGACUGGAGGUUAUUAUGACACAAGGAAGUCUCGACUUGAACUUCAGAAAGAUGUUAGAAAGGCAGAAGAAGAAUUAGGAGAACUUGAAGCAAAACUCAAUGAAAACUUGCGUAGAAACAUUGAAAGGAUUAAUAAUGAAAUUGAUCAGCUAAUGAAUCAAAUGCAGCAGAUUGAAACCCAACAAAGAAAAUUUAAAGCCUCCAGAGACAGCAUCUUGUCAGAGAUGAAAAUGCUGAAAGAAAAGAGACAGCAGUCUGAGAAAACAUUUAUGCCAAAGCAACGCAGCUUACAAAGUUUGGAAGCAAGUUUACAUGCUAUGGAAUCAACACGAGAAUCAUUAAAAGCAGAACUUGGAACAGACCUGUUAUCUCAACUUAGUUUAGAUGAUCAGAAGCGUGUAGAUGCACUUAAUGAUGAGAUCCGACAGCUACAGCAAGAAAACAGACAGCUUUUGAAUGAAAGGAUCAAGCUUGAAGGUAUCAUCACACGAGUUGAGACAUAUCUCAAUGAGAAUCUUAGAAAGCGCUUAGACCAAGUGGAACAAGAGCUAAAUGAGCUAAGAGAGACUGAAGGUGGCACUGUUCUUACAGCUACAACAUCUGAACUUGAGGCAAUCAACAAAAGAGUGAAGGAUACCUUAGCAAGAUCAGAUGAUCUGGACAAUUCAAUUGAUAAAACAGAAGCAGGGAUUAAAGAGCUCCAGAAAAGUAUGGAACGUUGGAAGAAUAUGGAGAAAGAGCACAUGGAUGCCAUUAACCAUGACACAAAAGAACUAGAGAAGAUGACUAACCGGCAAGGCAUGCUUCUGAAGAAGAAAGAAGAGUGUAUGAAAAAAAUCAGGGAACUCGGCUCACUUCCCCAGGAAGCCUUUGAAAAAUAUCAGACACUGAGCCUAAAACAGCUGUUUCGCAAACUGGAGCAAUGCAACACAGAACUGAAAAAGUACAGUCAUGUCAAUAAAAAAGCUCUUGAUCAAUUUGUGAAUUUUUCGGAGCAGAAGGAGAAAUUGAUAAAACGUCAAGAAGAACUAGAUAGGGGCUACAAAUCCAUUAUGGAGUUAAUGAAUGUCCUUGAACUCAGAAAAUAUGAAGCUAUCCAGCUGACUUUCAAACAGGUGUCAAAGAACUUCAGUGAAGUAUUUCAGAAACUGGUACCUGGUGGGAAAGCUACUCUUGUGAUGAAGAAGGGUGAUGUGGAAGGCAGUCAGUCUCAAGACGAAGGUGAAGGCAGUGCUGAGAGUGAAAAAGGAUCAGGAUCUCAAAGCAGUGUCCCAUCUGUAGACCAGUUCACUGGAGUUGGGAUUAGGGUUUCAUUUACUGGUAAACAAGGUGAAAUGAGAGAGAUGCAGCAGCUUUCUGGUGGACAGAAGUCACUAGUGGCUUUAGCCUUGAUCUUCGCCAUUCAGAAAUGUGACCCUGCUCCCUUUUAUCUCUUUGAUGAAAUUGAUCAAGCCUUGGAUGCCCAACAUAGAAAGGCUGUUUCAGAUAUGAUAAUGGAAUUAGCAGAACAUGCUCAAUUCAUUACCACAACUUUCAGACCUGAACUGCUUGAGUCAGCAGAUAAGUUCUAUGGUGUAAAAUUCAGAAAUAAGGUCAGUCAUAUUGAUGUUAUCACAGCAGAGAUGGCUAAAGACUUUGUGGAAGAUGAUACUACUCAUGGCUAAGUGGAGGAGGAUUGCCAGUCUGCCAGGCAGAUGUGUAAAAUAUUGUGCCUAUAUCAGGCAACUGUGUAUAUUUGAAAUACAUAGUCGCUGUUAAAGUAGAUUUGGAACUUAGGUCAUCUGAAUUAGGAUCUUCCAUGAUCUUUGUAGUCUAUUUUAUGUGUGUGCUGCUGUAUUCUUUUAUAAAAUUCCUGUUAAUGUUAUAUUACAUUGUAGUUUGGAAAAUGUAUUCUUUUGGAUUUUUUGUAAAGCUUUUUUCUGUUUAAAAAGAUUUUUGAAAUGUGCCAUCUUUUUCUUCCCAGUUAUUUUAUCAUUUAUACUGCCUCACGUGAUUUUUUUUAAAAAUAGCUUCAAUAAAAUGUUGGCUUUUAAUGCUGUAAUUUACAUACUUCUGGGGAAAACUGCUUUGCUCUUUACAUCUUUGCUUCAUGUAUAAUGCAUUUUAGUUGCAGUGUAGGAGAUGGGAGAAACAGUAUGCAGGCAGGUACUUUACAGCAGAUUUUACUGAUUUGUAGAUAAAUUUAACCCUCUGGUUCAUUUUAUUGCAUGGGAUUUCUAUGAGUCUUGUAAAUCUAAAGUUUUGAUUCAUGUUCCAAGAGAGCUUUCAAUUGAAUCAGUUUCUUCUUCCUUGCCUCUUAUCAUAAUCCUUUGGAAUGUUCCUCCCUGUACUUUGCUCUGUUUGACAGACGAUCUCAUUCAUCCUCCCACAAAACGCACUGCUUCUACUCUUGUUAAAUAAAUCUUUCUUGUCUGCCCACCA